UGCGGCACUAGUACAGAAGCCAUGCAAAAAUUGCAUAAUCAGAAGUACUUAGCCUACUAGUUCUCGCUCCCCUGAUCGGCUUCCCCCUUUAUAAAUAUAACCUAUUAGACUUGAACGAUCGCCAUAGAAUCAUUAUCUGCAUCACUUUUCUCUAAGAAAGAAGCCUAGUUUCUUUCUUCUUUCAAACAUAUCGAUCAUUCUGCUAAUCAAUAUGGCUCUAGCUAUGCGUGGCUUCACUCUUGGCGCUCCAAAACCGAGCAGCAUCCAAAUUCCCAGUUGCAAGUCCUAUCAACAAAAGGCCAUGAUGACUAUGCUGCAGACGCAGAACCAAGGUCUUAAACAUGCCGGGAAGAUUAGUCGGUCCAUUAUCACAUUUGCUAAGAAACCCAUCGGUACAGGGAGUGGUCCAAAAAUUAAUCAGACAACUUCAUCUGAGCAACUUUCGGCUUCGAAUGCUGGCAGCUCAAACUCUGAGAGGACCGGCAAGAAAAGUAAAGAAGCCAACGCUACUCCAAAGAAGAGCAAAUAAUAUCAGCAAAAGUAUAAUAAGCUAGCUAGAAUCUGAAUAUAUGUAUCUUGUAAUGCGAUAAUAUGAAUCAAGUCGAUCAGUCUUCCAUAGAGUUAAUGAAGUAUUGUAGAGAGUUUGGUUUUAGUAGUACUGUGUUUAGUUGUGAUGUACGAUUUUCAAUAGUUCAGUAUGAACUCUGAAAUGUUGUCUCUCUGUAUUUCUCGAAUUAUUACUUAUUGCAUUCGAAUGUAUAAAUUCUUUGCUAAUUGUGAAAUGGUGUCUCUGUAUUGUUCGAGUAA